AUGGAUGUGUUAGCACUAAACACGGAUGCCGGACAUCGUCUUCUCGCGCGAUACCACAGGACGCAGAACAGUAGCGAUCUUGACCAAUCCAUAAACCACUUUGAAUGCGCCUCGGAUCUCUGCCCCAUGGACCAUCCCUGCUGCCCUGCAGCACUGUUCAAUCUAGCUACCGCAAACUUUCUUAGUUGCCAAGCUGAAGGAAGACACCUCGACCUCGACAUCCCCAUUAAUUUGUUCCAAGAGGCCCUUGAUUUGCGUCCCAGUGAUCAUCCAGACCGAACCCGGCCUGCCACAUCCAUGCUUCAAUUAUCGCCGAAUCAACUUGCUCUUCGAGCAGAGCGGUGUUUGCAGAGGGAUGAGCCCCGUGCCUUAGAUGAAGUGAUAUCCCUUCAUUAUGAUGCAUUGGGAUACUACAACUCUGAGCAUGCGUGCCGAGGGCAAUUGCUAGGUAUUCUGGCUGUGAUGCUAAUCACUCGCUUCGAACGUCGAGGCAAUGAGGAAGACUUGGACCAGGCUAUCGCACUUCAGAGUGAAGUACUGGCUUUGUGCCCAGUUGGUCACACAGAUCGGUCCAUCUCAUUACAUAACCUCACGACUCAACUCUCCUGCCACUUUGAGCACCGAGGCAAGGACGAAGACUUGGAUCAGGCCAUCACACUUCAGAUGGAAGCGCUGGCUUUGUUCCCAGUCGGUCACGCAGAUCGGUCCAAGUCAUUAAAUAACCUCGCAAUUGAACUCUCCUCACGCUUUGAGCACCGAGGUAACUAUGAAGACUUGAAUCAGGCUAUCGCACUUGACAUGGAAGCACUAGCCUUGCGCCCGGUUGGUCACGCAGAUCGGUCUAUGUCAUUAAAUAACCUCGCGAUUCGACUCUCCACCUGCUUUGAGUACCGAGGCAAUGUCGAAGAGUUGGAUCAGGCUAUCGCACUUCAGACAGAAGCGCUGGCUUUGCGCCCUGUCGGUCACACAGAGCGGUCCAAGUCAUUAAAUAACCUUGCAAAUCAACUCUCCUUCCGCUUUGAGCGCCGAGGCAAUGUUGAAGACUUGGAUCAGGCUAUCACACUUGACAGGGAAGCGUUGGGUUUGUGCCCGGUCGGUCACGCAGAUUGGUCCAAGUCAUUAGGUAGCCUUGCGAAUCGACUCUCCUCCCACUUUGAGCACCGAGGCAAUGACGAAGACUUGAAUCAGGCUAUCAUACUGAACAAGGAAGCGCUGGCUUUGCUCCCGGUCGGUCACACAGAUUGGUCCAUGUCAUCAAAUAACCUCGCGACUCAACUCUCCACCCGCUUUGAGCACCGAGGCAACAACGAAGACUUGAAUCAGGCUAUCGCACUGAACAGGGAAGCGCUGGCUUCGCGCCUGGUCAGUCACACAGAUUGGUCCAUGUCAUUAAAUAACCUUGCGAAUCAACUCUCCUCCCGCUUUCAGCACCGAGGCAACGACAAAGACUUGGAUCAGGCUAUCGCACUUCACAGGGAAGCGCUGGCUUUGCGCCCGGUCGAUCACGCAGAUCGAUCUAAGUCAUUAAGUAACCUUGCGAAUCAACUCUCCAUUCGCUUUCUGCACCGAGGCAAUAGAGAAGACCUUGACGAGUCACGAGAGAAUCUAUGCUGUGCAUUGACUCUCUUAACGCAACAUGAUCCUCGUCAAUUAAUAGUCCUUGAGUCGCUAGCUGAUGUCCAUCUAUCAUUCCAUCGUUCAGGGCUUGAUAGCACCGGCGCGGGCGAAGAUACCGAUAGUCUGAAUGUGGCAAUGCAUCAUCUCAACGCAGCAGCAAAUGUUGUUUCUGCAGGUUUGCUGUCUCACCUGCGAGCCAGUCUGCGUUGGGUUCGCCAUGCUCGUCAACAUUCACAUGAUACUGAACUGGAGGCUCAUGCAACUUCCAUGCAACUUCUGGACGCUUACAUGUCCACGACAGCUUCAAUAUUGUCUCGUCACAAUAUCAUGAAGGACUUCCCAAGUACACUUGCUGUGGAUGCUGCAUCGUGUGCUCUUCGCAGUGGUGACGUGUGUCGCGCUGUUGAGUUGUUGGAACAAGGCAGGACUAUCAUCUGGACCCAGAUGACACGCCUCCGCACGCCUCUUGACAGCCUCCAGACAUGCGACGAUCGUGCAGCAGCCCUGAUCAAGAAAUUCAGAGACCUCAGCUCCCUCCUCGAUAAACCUUCUGUGAAUGAUCGAGAAGCAACCCCAAGAGUCAAUGUAGAAGCAGAAGAAACCCGGUACAGAUGUUUGGUGAAGGACUGGAAUGGAACUGUAGAAGAGAUCUGCAAGAUCGAGGGCUUUUCCCAUUUCCUCCUUCCCCCCUUAUUCUCGGAUCUUCAAGAUGCAGCUCAUGAUGGGCCUAUCAUCGUGCUCAUCACAAGCGAGUUGUCUUGUGAUGCCAUUAUUAUCCCGCACAAACAACCUCCCACUAAGAUUCCACUCCCUACCAAUCUUGAGAAACUCCAGACAUUGGCGGCCAGACUCCAACACAGAAGUACGCCAGCGUUGACAACAGCAUUGACGGAGUUGUGGGAUGAGGUCGUCCGCCUGGUGGUCGAAAAUCUGGGCGGAUUUGCACGGCCAGGCUCCCAAAUAUGGUGGUGCCCGAUGUCUGUCUUCAAUUUCCUGCCAUUGCACGCUGCAGGCCAGUACUGGAAAGACGGACAGUUCCUUUCACAGUUCUACAUCUCUUCAUACACGCCAUUGCUUAUUGUGCUGAUAAAGGCUCGCAGACAUAACAGGUCUCUGUCAGUAUCUUUUGCUGCUAUCGGUCAGGAUCACCCAGCUGGUGCUUCGCACACUUUGGAAUGUGUGGAGCCUGAACUGGAAUUGGUGCGGAGUCUUUUACCCCCUCCCCCAACUGUUUCCUUCACCAAGAUAACAAGCGUUGAUGCAACGAAAUCGAGGGCACUGUGCGCGCUGCAAGAGAAUACUUGGCUCCAUUUUUUGUGUCACGGGACACAGAAUUUUGAUGAACCCUUCAAUUCAGCCUUUCUGAUGCGCGACCGACCGCUUUCACUCCUCGAUAUCACCCAAAUCCAAAUGGAUCUCUCUCAGCAUCAAUUUGCAUUUCUGUCUGCCUGUGAAACUGCAGUCGGUGACUUUAAGACACCCGAUGAAGUGAUACACCUAGCGGCUGGCCUGCAAUUUGUUGGGGUUAAGAGUGUCGUUGGGACAUUAUGGACAGUCGACGAUGAUACUGUGCAGUGCUUAGUCGAGGCAUUUUACAAAAACUUUUGUGGGGAUGGCAAAAUGAAUUCCAAGCGAGCUGCCCGAGCGCUGCACAAAGCGGUCCAAUCGUUGGCUUGCGACAAGGAUAUGUCCUUGGAGCAGCGCAUAGUGUUCGUGCAUAUUGGCAUAUGA